AUGUCCCCCGCCCUCGACGUCUACGACCACUCGUCGGCCGAGAACCGCUCCGUCGGCGCCCUGGGAGCGACCACGUCCGGCAAGAAACUCCGCGUGCGCUCGUACCCGAAAUUCGACUCGCUCGAGGAGGAGCGCCUGUACCGCAAGCAGCACCUGGCGGCGGCGUUUCGCGUCUUUGCAGACCGCGGGUUCGACGAGGGCGUCGCGGGGCAUAUCUCGGUGCGGGAUCCGAUUUUGAGGGAUCAUUUCUGGCUCAACCCCCUCUCGCAGCACUUCUCUCAGAUCUGCGUCUCGGACCUCAUCCUGGUCAACGAAGAAGGCGAGGUCGUCGUGGGCGACGAGCCCAUCAACGCCGCCGCCUUCGCCAUCCACUCUGAGAUCCACAAGGCGCGCCCGGACGUCGACGCCGCGUGCCACGCCCACAGCGUCUACGGCAAGGCCUUUUCCGUCUUCGGCCGCGAGCUGGACAUGAUGACCCAGGACGCCCUGCGGUUCUACAAGAGCCACGCCGUCUACGACAACUUUGGGGGCGUGGUCCUGGACCGCGAGGAGGGGAAGAGGAUCGCCAAAGCGCUGGGGAACGGGAAAGCAGUCAUCCUGCAGAAUCAUGGGUUGUUGACCGUGGCGAAGACGGUCGACGCCGCCGCCUUCUGGUUCAUCUCGCUCGACAAGACCUGCCACGCCCAACUGCUCGCCGACGCCGCCAGCGCCGGCAGCGGCCACAAGAAGAAGCUCAUCUCCGAUGUCGAGGCCGAGUUCUCCUACUCGCAGGUCGGCACGGACGAAAAGGGUUGGCUCGCCUUCCAGGGGUACUACGAUGAGCAGCUCGCAAAGACGAAUGGGGGGUUUUUGAAAUAA